AUGGUUUCGACACGCGCAAGAUCCCUUGGGAACCAACCCGAAUCCUCUACCACCUCCGACGACCACAAUGCCCGAUUGCAACAGUUAAACGAUCAAAUCCGUGAACGAGAGCAACAGUUAGCUAUUCUGCACGCGCAACAACGCCUCAACGAGUUGGAAGCACAGAUUCGCGAAGAUACUUUUAUCGAGUCCCGACCAACCCCGGGAUAUUCGCCGCAGAACCGCCGCAAAAUUCGACCCCAAGAACGCAAGAUCAACGACGCCAAACUCUACCUUGAUGCCCACGUUAAGCAGAAGUGGUUGAAUUUUGUAUCAGCAUACGAGAGACGCGGAGGAGCAACACCGUUAACAUUCGAUGAUAUGCUAUCACACCUAGAGAUGCAAAUUAACGACCCGCAGAAUCAGCGUCGAUUGGCGAGCCAAAGAUUCCAAGAUGCUAAGCAACAGGAGUGGCAAUCGAUACGCGACUUUUCUAAAUAUCUCGAAGAUUGGGAGUAUUACUUACCCCCAUACAGCGAGGAACAGAGAAUGGAUAACCUGCGUAGUAAGGCAUUGAAGGUGCUACGCACCGAACUCGACCGUCGAAAUCAAGAACCCCAGAACUACGAAGAGUUGCUUCGAACUCUACAGACUCUCGAGGAAAAUAUGCCGGAGCGACGACGUGCCAUUCGCAAAGGCAGACCUGCGAUAUUCGUAGGGAAUCAGCGUCGUUCUGAUAAAUCUAGCAACCACCGGAAUAAAAGGAAACGAGAGGAACAGACGGAAAUCAACCGAACAAACCAAGAAAGAUAA